AUGAACAUAAUACAAGCGCUUAACUCGGCACAAGAUAAUCUAUUGGCAAAAGACCCCAACAUCAUUAUUUUUGGUCAGGAUGUGGGUUACUUUGGCGGUGUCUUUCGGGUUACAGCUGGGUUGCAAAAGAAGUACGGCAAGCAGAGAGUUUUUGACGCUCCUAUUGCAGAGGGCGGUAUACUUGCUGCCGCUAUAGGUAUGGGUGUAAAUGGUUUGCGUCCAGUAGUGGAAAUACAAUUUUCCGAUUAUAUAUAUCCGGCCUAUGAUCAGAUUGUCUCUGAGUUGGCAAAGCUGCGUUAUCGCAGCAAUGGCAUGUUUUCAGCACCAGUGACUAUUCGUACACCUUGCGGCGGUGGCAUUCGGGGGGGGCAAACUCACUCUCAAAGCCCAGAAGCUAUCUUUACCCAUGUGCCGGGCCUUAAAGUGGUGAUGCCUUCCAACCCUUACGAUGCAAAAGGUUUAUUGAUAGCCGCGAUUGAGAAUGAUGAUCCGGUGGUAUUUUUGGAGCCUAAGCGACUCUACAAUGGCCCCUUCGAUGGCAACCCUCAUCAAGCAGCAGUGGGUUGGAAUGGUCACCCUAAAGGCGAUGUGCCAGAAGACUAUUACUCACUUGAAAUCGGCAAAGCGGAAGUAGUGACAGAGGGUGAAGCGGUGACAAUUGUUACUUAUGGCACCAUGGUGCACGUUGCUGAAGCGGCGGUAAAGUCCGCCGGAAUUGACGCCGAAAUUAUUGAUAUUCGCACCUUGUUGCCUUUGGAUAUUGACACCAUCGCCGAAUCGGUGAAUAAAACCGGACGCUGCGUUGUGAUUAAUGAAGCAACCCGUACUGGCAGUUUUGCCGCAGAAAUAAUGUCGCAAAUUCAGGAAGAAUGCUUUUGGCGAUUAGAAGCUCCUAUUGAACGGGUAUCUGGCUGGGAUACACUACCCCAUGCCAUGGAGUGGGAUUAUUUCCCCGGUCAGCAGCGCGUGCUUGAUGCUAUUAUGAAAACACUGGAAAACAAAUAA